AGAACAAGACUCUACUGUGGUAUAAUGCCACGAGGACCUCCACCAGAUCGUAUGAAUAGACGCAGAGCCCCUCCACCGCCAUCUUUUGGAGUGGAACAACCUAGAGGACGGAUCUCACUAGAACCUCCCAGAGGACGACCCUUGCUAGAACCACCAAGAGGUCGAUCGACCUUGGAACCACCUCGGGGACGGCCGGCAAAAUCCCCACGCAGAAAGAAUGACCGUAGUGCAGAUUUCCAGCGUGGCUAUGAGGAGCCACCACCACCGCGAAGAGAGCGAUUUUCCCCACCACCACCUCGCAGGCGCUCACGAUCACCGAUUGGUAAACCUAGAGAGCGAAUACUUCCAAUGACUCCCCCUCCACCUAGGAGAAGUCUCAGCCCAAGACGAUCUAGAAAUCCACCGCCACAAAAAUUGCAGAGGAGUAAAAGUCCGAAAACAGUCAUCGACAAAAGUUACGCGAGCUCCAAGUUCACAGACAGGAUAGUUGAUGAUGACCUUCUGGGAGAGAAAAAGAACAGUUUCGGCUCAGGUGUAAUGGACCGGUCCAUGUUUCGUGGUCCUGAGGCAUACACAUCAUAUGACCCAGAAGAGAUUAAAAAAAUAAGGAUUUUCAUCCGAAGGCGACUCACCUCCUCAGAUACAGAACCAGUAGCUGCAAAUCACUUAUCUCAAGAUGACCUGAGCUUCAACCAUCGUUCAGAGCGUGAAUCCUACCGUGAGCCUCCAAAAAUGAAGCGCCUUGAAGAGAACUUCAGAUCAUCAAAAGACCACCGUGGAAAAGAAAUGCCUUCCUGGAGUGAUCAUCCUGAACCAAUGAACAUGAGAGAUGCUCCUCCCCCAUAUGAAGAGCGAGCAGGUCCACCCAGAGAUCGAUACAGAUCCCCUCCGCCCAGUCGUAAACAUGACGACCGUAUUCCACCCAGAGGUUUCGAGCGGAAGCUGCCAAGAGAUGAUUUUCAUGAAGCAGAUGAUCACUACCCUCCUCAACGGCUCAUGCACGAUAAUGGGCGUGCUGAAUUUGACCGCCGCCCCUCUCCUAUUCCAUAUGGACGAGGAAGAGACGAGGGUUUGAGAGACGACAGACUGGAAGGACGCCCAAGACCAGGUGAAAAAAGGCUGUCUUCUGGGCGAUCAAAACUUGACGCCUCAUACCCAAUGCCUAGUGAGAGGAGACCCAGUCCAGAAUAUGUUGAUCCCUACCGUCGAUCACCUGUGGAUAAAUAUCGUAAAGCCCCAAGAGGGCGAUCAAUGUCCCCACAUAGAAGAUUAGGACCACCACCAAUGGAGAGGUCACAGAAUAUUGAUCGGCGCAGGGAUGGUCCACCCCGAGAAGAACACUUCCGGUCUCCACCGAGAGCUAGAGAAACUAUGAAUCACCCCAAUGAAAUGGCACCACGCCGUGGUAGAGGUAGCAGAGGCACAGGACAUAACUACCGAGGUGGCCAGCCUUCUCAGAUGGGAGGAUCACCGCCUCAGCGUCGUCCUGCCCCUGGCCGUGGCGGAUUUGGAAACCAAAUGCGUAGACCAUACGGGGGUCGGAAAUAAGUAAAAUGAAGUAGAAAUCUAUAACUUUUAUGUUUGUUGAUGUUUUGAAACUGUUCAUAUCCUUGGACACAUUUUGAAUUAUUUUAUAGUUUAAUGUCUAUUUUUUUAUGGUUUCGUAAGCUGUAUAACACAAUUUUUUAGUCAAAAAUCUUACUUUUAUAUUACCAUUGAAGCAUCCUGCACUUACUCACCAUGGAAGAAGAUUGCACAGAAGGUAGUCAAUCAGAAUUAUUUUACACGUCACCAUGGAAAGUGUUCAAAGUUUUCCCAUUUGCCAUGCUGAAGGAAGUUGACCACAUUCUGUUUUGUGAGCUUACUGUAUCUGUAAAUUACAUGAAACAUGAAACACAUUUUUUUGUUCUCUAAAUGGAAAAACAGUCCAUUGAUCUUACUCAAUUGGAAAUUGAUCAUCGUAAUUAUGAUUAUCUUGACUCGAAAUAUUGAUUAUCAAAACUUUUCAACGAUUAACUUUCUCCAUUUGUUUGCUUUGUGCAAUGAUCUGCCAACAAAUGCAAUUUUGGAAUUAUCAAAUUUUUUCUUCUUUUCUUUCCCCCCUUCAAGCCAUCAUCUUUAUUUUAUUUCAAUCUUAUGUAUUGAUCUGUAGUCAAAAAACAAUGACCGAAAAAUAACCCAAAAAACUUAGAGUUUUAGCAUCCAUCCUCAACUGUAUAUACCUAGUCUUACAAUUUGCCAACUCUACCGUAUUUGGUCUUCUCUCAAGGAAAAUAUCACAAGCGCCAUUUUUACCAAAAUUGAGUUUGUUUUUCCAUACAAAAUUUAUAGUUUGUCAGAUAAAAAUCAUUAAGUAUGUAGGUAUGUACUUGAAAAAACGGUCAUCAUCGUUAAAAACAGUAUUUUUUCCCACAAAAAUUUUUUUCAGGCAUUGCUUUCAUUUUAAUUCUUGACUUCUCACUUGUACUUUAUUUGAUUUAGAAUCAUGAGGAAUUUUUAUUUUUUAAUUGGUUCAUACGACUUUAAGUUUACUUUUGUUGCACAUAUUAUGCUGAACUUUUUCUCAAAUAUUUCUUCAAAUAUUGUCUCUUCUAUAGUUUUUAUGUUUUCACUCUAUUUUAUUGUUCCUCGAGCCAUACAACACCUGAACUGUGUUUGUAAUUUGUCACAUUUCAUGUUUCCUGGAUUUGCAGUCCUUUUAAUCGCUAUAUGUUUGACCUUAUUUGAAAUUCUACAUUGAUGGAUGUGCUAUUUGAUCCACCUUAAAACAAUAAAAUCAAGUGUAAUCAUGUUUUGAUCUUUUGUAAAUAAUAAUAAUAAAAAAAGAAAACCUGAAGUGAA